UCUAGAUGCCUUCUUGAGCUUGUUUGUGGCCACCCACAGACACUUGUAAGGAGGAGAGAAGUCGGCCUGGUAGAGACACUCUGAAAUAAGGGAUUAGAGGCCGGGAUCCAAGCAGUAAGCGCUGCAGCCAGAAGACGAGUGAGCAGACCGUGAAGACACUUCUACUGAGACGUCUGCCAUGGCCUCUCUUGGCCUCCAACUUGUGGGCUACAUCCUGGGUCUUCUGGGACUUUUGGGCACCUUGAUUGCCAUGCUGCUCCCCAGCUGGCGAACAAGUUCUUACGUUGGUGCCAGCAUUGUGACAGCAGUUGGCUUCUCCAAGGGCCUCUGGAUGGAAUGUGCCACUCACAGCACAGGCAUCACCCAGUGUGACAUCUACAGCACUCUUCUAGGCCUACCUUCUGACGUCCAGGCUGCCCAGGCUAUGAUGGUAACCUCCAGUGCAAUCUCCUCGCUGGCCUGCAUUAUCUCUGUGGUGGGCAUGAGAUGCACAGUGUUCUGCCAGGACUCCCAAGCCAAAGACAGAGUGGCGGUAGUGGGCGGAGGCUUCUUUAUCCUUGGAGGCCUCCUGGGCUUCAUCCCUGUUGCCUGGAAUCUUCAUGGGAUCCUGCGGGACUUCUACUCCCCAUUGGUGCCCGACAGCAUGAAAUUUGAGAUUGGAGAAGCACUCUACUUGGGCAUUAUUUCCUCCCUGUUCUCCUUGGUAGCCGGAAUCAUCCUCUGCUUUUCUUGCUCAUCCCAGGGAAACCGUUCCAACUACUACGAUGGCUACCAGGCCCAGCCCCUUGCCACCAGGAGCUCUCCAAGACCUGGUCAACCACCCAAAAACAAGAGUGAAUUCAACUCCUACAGCCUGACAGGGUAUGUGUGAAGAGCCAAGGGCCAGAGUGGGGGGUGGCUGGGUCUGUGAAAGCCAAUGGACAGUCCCCCAGAGCCACAGGUGAGGGACAUUUGCCACUGGAUCAUGUCAGAAGGUGCUGCUGAGGAUAGACUGACUGUGGCCAUCGGAUCAAGCAAAGGCAGAAAAGGGAGCUGGUGCGGCAGCGUGCAGGUUGAAAUGUCAAGGAUGACUGCCAAGCCAGGCUUUCUGUUUUUAUCACUUUGCCCCUCACCUCCCACCCUGAAUCCCCAACCCCCAACUCCAAGCCCUACCCCUUUACCCUAGGCCAGGCCCCCAGAGACUCCCCUCUGCCCUUUUUGUUUACUUGGGAAUCCAUCCAAAAACCCACUAACUGCAUUCCACUGACUGACCCUCUCUGUGAUCAAAGACCCUCCUCCCUCUGGCUGAGGUUGGCUCUUAGCUCAUUGCUGGGGGUGGGGAGAAGGAGGAGCGGUGAUUUUAUAGGCACUGCUCUAACCUCCUUCUCAAGCCUCCCUCCAAAGAAACUGAUUGGGCCCUGGAGCCUCCAUCCCACUCUAUUAUGACUCCAGUGUACAGAGUGGUUUGUGCGUGAACUGAAAUAAAGUCAUCCCGUGGCAUCCAGGGAACAGAGAGCAACUGGGUGCAUGAUGAGAGGGAAGAAAGGCAGCCUGGAACA